UCUUGCGAAUGAAUUCAAGAAUAGAGCCCCUGGUCGCGCGCGUGGCACAUGAUUCCACACACCCCCAUCUAUAGACUAUGUGCCAUGGAAUAGUAUGAAAACAUAUGAAAACAAAAGUGUCAAACAAUUGUCAAAUACACAUGUAUGUAGAUUGGCCGUUCUGACUGGGAGUACUGGGACCGCGAUAACAUAAUUUAGGUGUAAGAUGGCCGAGAAUGAAUUUGUAUCCGACAGUGACGAAUGUCUCGUCACGGAGGCUAUUCAAUUAGAUAUCGAGGAGUUAGAUAAUACAGAAUAUGCCAUACCAAUCGUGGAAGAAUUACCCACCUUAGAAAGUAUACUUAUGGAGCCUGAUUACGAGUCACUGUCGGAAACGGAGGAUGAUGCCGGUGUACCACCGUUGGGAGAGAAACUCGGCAGCAGCGAGACUACCAGCAUUGGCAGUCACCUAUCGCUGAAUUCAUUAAAUAAAUCCUCUAAGGCCGCACAAAGAUUGUCCUCGGGUGUUAUCUUAAGGCAUGUCAUACUCAAAGGAAUAACAUCACAAAUUGUAUCGGCCAAUGAGAGAGUCAAUGCUGGUCUGGCUAGUGCAGUUGCAGCUGGGGGAAACAUGUUGGUAAUUGGUACUAGCCAUGGCUUAAUCCUGGGCUUUGAUUCUUCGCAAACGUUGCGAUGGUGCGAUCAAGAAGCGAGACACCAGGGUUCUGUUUCGGCUCUUUGCUUUAAUUAUGACGGUAGCAGGGUGCUGGCUGGUUUUGUCCGAGGACACAUCAUGAUGUUGGAUAGCAAUAAUGGAAAAGUCUUAAGGAUUCUCACUGAUGUACACCCACUCGACACUGCUGUGUUACAUGUCAAGUUUACAGAUUCGCCAAAAAUAGCUUUGUGCAGCGACAGUGGUGGCUCUGUGUUUGAACUGAAUUUCACUAGAGUGAUGGGUGUACGAGGUUGCGACAGUAGAUGUUUGUUUAGCGGCUCCAAGGGGGAGGUGUGCACUUUGGAGCCAUUGUUAUUGAAUCAUUUACCAUCGCAUCCACUGAAAAAUUAUACAUUGGUAGCAAUGGCAACGUUAUCAAAGGUAAUUGUAGUGUGUAUAAGACCGCGAAUGCGUGUGGUAUUGAGUCACCCAUUGACCGGUGCUGCGAUAGCACCGCCGCAAUUGUCCUGGCAAUUAGUUGUCAUACAGACGGCCGACGGUUCCCGUGUGAUCGAUCCAGUAUUGGCGCUUGCAAGGGACAAUGUGGUGUAUUUUUAUCAAGUGUAUACUGAAAUUGGUACGCGAGUAAAGCUGUCCCCCCUUCGAAGGAUAACACUACCAUAUAUGAUAAGCAAUUUGAGGUGGUUGAAUCCGAGAUCUCUCGCAGUACUGGAUGCUCAAGAGAAAUUGCAUUUGUUAGACGUAAGGGCGCAGGAUAAUUUGGAGACGUUAGACAUGAGUCGCGUUGGUAUUUCUUAUGCUUCUAGUCACUUUAAAGGGUUAUCUACUGGUGGAAAUGUUUCCAAGGCAAUGGCGUUAGCUGGUGAACGGGCAUGCUACAACACUGUUGUAGUCUUUGGUACGCAGCUGUUGUUAUUAGGUACAAAGAGUUUACAUGUGAUAUGUAUGAGAACAUGGACUGAAAGAUUGCAACAUCUGAUCAUGCAGAAACGGUUUCCCGAGGCGUUAGCAUUAGGUCUUUCUUUUUAUCAAGACAAAGGCAAAGCGGUUAUUGGUUUGCGAGGAUCUAAACAACGUCGUAAGCAAAUAGCGCGUGACAAAGUUUGCGAAGUACUGGUGCAAUAUAUGGACGAAUUAAAUCAAUGUUUGGUAGACGAAAAUGUAGAUUACGAUACGAUAGUGUUCACCUGUGUCGAUUAUUGUAUUCAAUUGGAAAAUUUAGAUCUGCUGUUCGGAAAAUUGUGGGACACAGUUUUUGAAUCGGAAGGAUUGAAAACUAGUUAUUUGCACGCCCUUGAAGCUCCUCUGUUAGACGGAAGUCUUCAACCAAAACUACCGCCAUUGAUCGCCCAGCAGUUAGUUACUCUUUACGAUCAAGAAGACAAAAUAGAUUCGCUGGAAGCGAUCGUGGUUCUACUUAAUGUGGAUUGUUUAGAUAUUCAUCAAGUAACGACAAUCUGUCGUCAGCGAGGACUUUGGGAGGCGCUGAUUUAUCUCCAGACAACAGCGUUAGGCGAUUUCACAGCGCCCAUUCAUCAAUUGGUACCGGUACUUCAGAAUUUAUUACAGGAUCCAGUAACCACUCUCUCCCGAGACUGUAUAAAACUCGGCAACGCCAUUCUAGUUUACACUAGCUGCUGUCUCGCUGGUCGCGGAUUUCCCAAAGAUGAGCUCCCCGAAGGCAUGCCGCAGAAAGUAAAAGCGGACAUACUGAGAGCCCUGUUAUCCCAGCAUUCUAGUUUGGCAAAUGACAUGGAGAGGCAGUAUCCAUACUUAAGAACAUUACUGCAAUUCGAUGCAAAAGGCUUCCUCGAUGUCAUAGCCAUCGCCUUUCAGGAGCCAGAAUUUACCUCUGAAAUGGGCCUCCGGCACCGACAAAGACUUAUAGACAUCUUGUUGAGUAUUGUUAUGCCAAAUACGCCACUUACUCCGAAAAGUAACGAUUACAUCACGGUGGAGCAACAAUUUAUGGUUCUUACAUUCGUCGCAAACGAAGUGUCUGAAAACACUGUUACGUUGGAGUCUAGCACCUUAAACAGAAUGAUAGAUAUAUUGUGCAUCGACUCGCAAGUAAAAUUGUCGAAGGACUUUAAGUCUGAGAGAGAAAAUGCUGUGCUAGGAUUACUGCAUUCUAAAAAGUUGUGCAAUAUUUCUGAUAAUACUUUAUUAAAUUUAGCAAAUAGAGCGAGUUUCAUAAGAGUCGCAGAAUUACUGUACAGUGCGCGAGAAGAUUGGGUGGCAGUAUGUAAAUGCAUAAUCUUAGAGCCUUCGAGGCAACAUGACGUGUGGCCCUGGCUUGAGCGUUUGCCGACCGCUUCGUUAGACCAAGUUAUGUCGGCUCACACUUCAACACUUGUGACGAUUAAUGCCAAUCAGUUUGCCACAAUUGUCGCGGCACGACUGCAAAAUAAAAUUGAUGCAACACUAAAGAGUCUUACUGAUUUAAACUUGGAAUACAAGUUGCUAGGAGCACUGUAUCAAGUCGCACAGUACAAAGAGGAAGACGUUUCUCUAGAAUUAACGACCGAACAAUUAGAAAGAUAUCUAGCAUUAAUGUGCGAGUUAAAGCCAGCACGUGUAGUUGCUCACUUGAAUGGUCCACAUGGGUGUAGAUUGGAUGAGGCAUUAGAGAUCGUUCAGAGAUGGAAUUGUAAAGAUGCAGAGGCAGUGAUGCUGGAGAAGCUUGGUAAUUAUCAGGAUGCGUUCGAUCUUCUAUUAAGAGGGUUCGAGGAUCGGCUGGAGAUGUACCGGCAAGAUAAAGCUUCAGAAAGUGAGACGGUGCACGGCGCCAUUCAACUCGCGGGGAUAUGCCGAAGAUCGGCGGGAAAUCUAGAUUGGAUGCCUCUUGUGGAAGUUAUGUUUCGAUCGCAUUCGGAGAAUAAUAAGCAUAAGGUGGACGUGUUAAACGGUAAAUUGUUGAGAUUAAUUUUAGAAUCCCUGAGCGGCACAUCGAUAUUAUCGAAUAUACUAGAGCAGAUCCUGCGAAAUCCAUCAACAACAAGCGGAACGAUGGGUGAUAUACGACAAUUAUUGUCCGGAGUGCUAACUCAGUCGCGAUAUGAGCAAACUCUAGUUGAAACUACCGCGCGAUUAGUGAGCUUAGAGCUUCACAAGGCUCUAGAAAAAUCGUUGAGAGAUGCCGGUAGAGCAUGCGGCAACGUUUCCACAACUUGUCCCGUGUGUAGACAGCCAUUGUCACAUUGUUCCGAUCACGUGGUGGUGUUUGGCUGCGGUCAUGGAUACCAUUCGAUGUGUCUAGGCGAGCCUAAAUCAUGUUACAAAUGCUUAAACACGAAAGGAUGGGCGCCUAUCGCUACCGAUGUUGCGCACACCGUUCCGCAGCCUCCGCUGAGAAAGAAACAGAUACUUCCGCCAGAAUUUCUACGUCAUAGAGACCUCGCGCUAAGACUGGCACCGCCUUGUUCUAUUCCCGACCUCGAGGGCAUCUUUUAAAUCUAGUCUUUGACUAUCGAGAACGACGAUCGCGUUUGAGCGAACGCGAUAUGGGUCCAUAGGUUCGUCGUCCAAUAACUCACCGGUGAGAAGUUUUACCACAAUUGGGAAAGUAUCCAGUUUUGGAUUCUUAGAUUUGUCAAUUGGUGAUAUUUCAAUGUUUGAGAUAUAUGUGUCUACAAUAGAUUCUAAUUUGAUAAGGAAUGGAUUCAACUUUAAUACAGCUAUGUAUUGCUGUAACUGCAAAUAAAAAAGAGAUACAUUAUUUAAUUUUUGUUAGGGGAACAUUUUAUAGGGGUGUAUAUAUUUCACAUUUUCGUACGACACACACACAUACACACACCCACACAAUGAUGUAUUGAACGUUAAGAGCGGUACUCAUAGGUACGUGCCUUAUCAUCGGAUCUUUCAAGAUCGCGUAAUAGAUCUUCAAUUUCAUUUAUCAAAACGUAGCACCUAGCGAGAUAUUCAUGACUGUAUGUAGUCUCGCGAAUAUGUAACAACUCCCUUGUUAAAGAUUUCUCUUUCUUUAUUUUUUCAAGGAGCAACGAUAACGGUAUCCCCGAUAGUGUACGACUGCCCAUCUGAAUCUUGGAACAUUUUUCACAAACCUGUAUAAUUGAUGCGCUAAUUCUGUAAAUAUUUAUAUAAGAGAAAUGCAUGAAUUGUAAAAUACAAAAA